AUUUUUCACAAACCUCUGUUGGAGUGCGAGCUGCUGACGGAGAAGGAGGUCGCCAUGAUCUUCGUCAACUGGAAGGAGCUCAUCAUGUGCAACAUCAAACUGCUCAAAGCUCUCAGAGUGAGGAAGAAGAUGUCGGGCGAUCGGAUGCCGGUGAAGAUGAUCGGUGACAUCCUGACCAACCAGCUGCCUCACAUGCAGCCGUACAUCAGAUUCUGUUCGUGUCAGCUGAACGGAGCCACGCUGAUUCAGCAGAAAACUGACGACAACCCUGAGAUCAAAGAUUUCCUCAAGAGGUUAGCCAUGGAUCCCAGGUGUAAGGGGAUGCCUCUGUCCAGCUUCCUGCUCAAACCCAUGCAGAGAGUCACACGCUACCCGCUCAUUAUCAAGAACAUCUUAGAAAACACUCCAGAGUCACAUCCAGACCACAGCCAUCUGAAAGCGGCUCUGGAGAAAGCAGAGGAGCUCUGUUCACAGGUGAAUGAGGGCGUCCGGGAGAAGGAGAACUCAGAUCGUCUGGAGUGGAUUCAGGCUCACGUCCAGUGUGAAGGCCUGUCUGAGGUCACU